GGGGGUAUUUGCGAGAUGGACUAGCUUCUUCGGAAAGGCCAAUGAGGUUCCAACUAAACAGGGUAUAAGGUUUUGAAUUGGGUUUUACAUUUCAUUGGAAUCAGAUUCAAACUGCAGCGUGUCGCUCUGACAACCUUAAAUUUUGUGUCUUUCUCUGCCAGAAACGUAUGAAGGGUCAAAAUGGCUGCCCUUUUUCUCCUUAGUGGCUGGUUUUCGAAACACGUGUAGAAGAAAAAAUGGGGUUGGGGUGUGGGUUUUAUGCUAAAGUUAUCAACUUUCGUCGUUUUGGGGGGCUUUGAGAGAGUGACAUGGUCAUGGAGGGAAGAGUCAGUGAGGAUUUAACGCCCAGGUAUUAUGCCCUUUGUGCCAUUGGAGGAAUGCUCAGUGCUGGCACCACCCACCUUGCCAUCACUCCUCUUGAUGUAUUGAAAGUGAACAUGCAGGUGCACCCAAUUAAGUAUUACAGUAUUUCCUCUUGCUUUACUACCUUAUUGAGAGAACAAGGGCCUUCAGUCCUUUGGAAAGGUUGGACUGGCAAGUUCUUUGGCUAUGGUGCUCAAGGAGGGUGCAGAUUUGGUCUCUAUGAGUAUUUUAAAGGGGUUUAUUCAAACGUAUUGGUAGACCAGAACAAGAAUUUUGUUUUCCUUCUCAGUAGCGCGUCCGCUGAAGUGUUUGCCAAUUUAGCUCUAUGUCCAUUUGAAGCUGUUAAAGUGAGGGUUCAAGCACAACCCUGUUUUGCUAAGGGCUUGUUUGAUGGCUUUCCAAAGUUAUAUGCGUCAGAAGGCACACGAGGAUUCUACCGUGGACUAAUUCCACUUUUGGGUCGAAACAUUCCAUUUUCCAUGGUUAUGUUCUCAACAUUCGAGCAUUCUGUUGAUUUUUUGUAUCGAAAUAUGGUCAAAAGAAAAAAGGAGGACUGUUCAAUAGGUCAACAACUUGGUGUGACAUGUUUAGCUGGGUACGCAGCUGGGUCUGUUGGUAGCUUCAUUUCUAAUCCUGCUGACAAUAUUGUAUCUUCUCUAUAUAACAGAAAGGCUGAUAGUCUUGCACUGGCCAUCAGAAAUAUUGGGCUAGCCAAUCUAUUUACCAGGAGUCUUCCCAUUAGAAUGUUGCUGGUUGGUCCUUCUAUAACUUUGCAAUGGUUUUUCUACGACACCAUCAAAAUUUUAGGCCAACUAGUGGUGAAGUUACAACUGAUACGAAAGGAGGUGGGAGAGCCUAAGAUUAAGAAAAAAACAGAAAUUUGCAGUCACAUUUUUCAGGCUGACUUGGAUGAUUGCAAGUCAUUUUAUACUAUGUAUAGGAUUACUUUUGCGGUAGCUUUAGUUUACUGUCACCAUGUAGUCUGUUUUAAUUUUUCAUCAUAGGUUUUCAUUGAUGUCUUUGAUAUUUACCUUCCUAAAAGAACGAGGAGCUCGUUUAUAUCGUUAAGUCUACUUAGCAUACUGAGAGUUGUGUAAUAAAAAGAGAAAACACAGAUUUAAUACAAUACUUGUGCUGCCAAUUUACCAUUCAAGGUUCUA